UGGGAAUAUAAAACUGGCAAUGUAAUUGUCAUCCCAAAAAAAAAAGAUGUUGGACCAGUAACCCUCCCAUAUGCUGCCAAUAAUGGAGUGUGUGUCUGUGCUGCUAAGAAAUUGCUAAAGAAGUAGUGAAGCUUUGACUAAUUCCCUUUUUAGCCUGUAUAAUAUUUGGGGCAGUGUUUGGAUUCUGUUGAAAAGAAAAGACAGGAGAGGUAUAUGAUGGAACAGUAGUUUAGGAGUUUCUGUUUGCAUAUGAUAUGAGUAAAGCUAAUGUAAUGACUCAUUUUUGACAAAUGUAAUUAAUGGGCUGUGUGUGUGUGUGUAUGUAUGUGUAUCUACUUUGACUUGUGUGUUUUAAAAUAUGUACUAGUAUUUAUUUAGUCCAAAGAACAAUUAUCAGUCUUGUGAGCAGACAAAUUUUGAAAACCAGUACUUGUGAUAGGAAUCAGAAGCUUGAUCAAAAGAAAAUAUCUAGAGAGAGAUGGGAAGAGCACCAUGCUGUGACAAGGCAAAGGUGAAGAAAGGGCCAUGGUCGCCUGAAGAAGAUGCUCAGCUGAAGGAGUACAUAGAGAGGCAUGGCACUGGUGGAAACUGGAUUGCACUGCCACAGAAAGCUGGUCUGAGGAGAUGUGGGAAAAGCUGCAGGCUGAGAUGGCUGAACUACUUGAGGCCAAACAUUAAGCAUGGGGAUUUUACAGAUGAUGAAGAUAGGAUCAUCUGCAGUCUCUUUGCUCGCAUUGGAAGCAGGUGGUCUAUAAUAGCAACACAAUUACCAGGGAGAACAGAUAAUGACAUCAAGAACCACUGGAACACUAAGCUGAAGAAGAAGCUGUUGGGGACGACUCCUCCAUUGUUACCAUCCAACAACUCACUGCUCUAUUCACAAAUCCCAUCAGAAAAUGGCUAUGGGAACAGCUCCCAUUAUUAUUAUUAUUCCCAAUUUAGGGCUAUGGCUGAUCCCAUUUCCCCAAGCUUCAACACUCCUCUAUUUUCUUCAUCAAACUUCACUGGUUACCCUCCAGCAAUUCAAGUACAGAAUGGUAAUGGUAAUGGAGAGGCUGCAGCAGUCAUGAUGUAUGGAGGAGAAGCCAGCUGCAAUUCAUCAGAUGGGAGCUGCAUCACCAACCAGAUCAGCCACGGGAAGGACAGUAGUGCAGGAGGGGAUCUUGAAAAACUAGGGUUUUUCAGGGGCUUUGAUGAUGGUGAUCAGAAGGCUACAAAUGGAUCAUGUUUUGGUAUUGACAACCCAAUGGAUUACAGUAUUGAUGAUAUCAAGCAGCUGAUGUGCAGUAACAAUAAUUUGAACUUCUUUGUGGAUGAAGUCAAGACAGAAGAGCAGCCAUUAGUGUACUACUGAUCAAGCUCAUAUCUCUAUCUAUAUGAAGGUGAUUCUUGACGGUGGUCCGAAUUUGAAGAUUUGAAGGGUUGAUCAGUAGAUGAAAGAUUCAGCAAUUAGGAUUGCUUAGAGACACUAAUCACUUUGUGGAGAAUGGAUCUUUUGGAUUCCUAUGAGAAAAUUCUUCCUUUUUUUUUCUUUUUGUUGAACCUUAGGACUGUGAAAGAAUUAUGUCUUUAAUGUUCUUGGUGCACUUAUUUCUAGGGAGUGAUGUACGUAUAUCCUGCUCCUGUAAUUAAUUUUUUAUGGGAAUUCCAAAACAUGAGAGUCCA